AUGAAUUUACAUAUUUCCAGUGCUUUUGUUUCAUCCUUCUUCCUCUUGUACAACUUGAUGCCAUCACAAUAUUGUUCUGCCAUUGAUGCCAUUACUCCAACUCAAGUACUCACACAAGAACAGACUCUUACCUCCUCUGGCCAAAUCUUUGAGUUAGGCUUCUUCAAUCCUGGUAAUUCUGGUAAAAACUAUGCUGGGGUAUGGUAUAAGAAUAUUUCUGUGCCCACGAUUGUGUGGGUGGCAAACAGGGAGAGGCCACUUUCAGCUUUGGACUCCUCUACAGUGCUAACAAUUGGCAGUGAUGGAAAUCUGAUGCUUGUGGAUAGCAUGCAAAACAGUGUCUGGUCUACCAAUGAGAGUUCCUAUGGGAGAGCUUUAAUCAUCCUUGCGAUACCCUUCCUACCCAACAUGAAGAUAGGUAUGAACAUCAAAACUGGAGAGAGGCGUUCCUUGGCUUCCUGGCAAACAGAAGAUGAUCCAUCGCCCAGAAACUUUUCUUUGGGAAUUGCAGCGCAGAUGCCACUACAAUCUUUUAUUUGGAAUGGAACAAUUCCAUACUGGAGAAGUGGGCAAUGGAAUGGAUUAAAGUUCACGGGGGUACCAGAGAUGGAUGAUGUGUAUUUAAAUGUAUUUAACCUCUUACAGGAUACUCAGCAGGGGACAGCGUAUUUCACUUUCAAUAUAUUCAACGAUUCUUAUGUUACGAAUACGGUCAUUUCAACAGUUGGAUCUCUCAAGAUUAGGGAUUGGGAUGAAGACAAGAAGAAAAGGAGUACUCGUUGGGAGGAACCAAGGAGUCUCUGCGAUCUUCAUGGAGCUUGUGGACCUUAUGGGGUUUGUAACACAUAUAAGUCACCAAUUUGUAGAUGUCUGAAAGGGUUUGUUCCAAAGUCAAGUGAUGAAUGGAGCAAAGGAAACUGGACAGGUGGGUGUAUCAGGAGCACUGAAUUACUUUGUGAUAAGAACACAAGUGAUAGAAGGAAAAAUGAUGGAUUUUGGAAGCUGGGUGGGACGAAACUGCCAGACCUUAAUGAAUACCUGCGCCAUCAGCAUGCUAAGGAGUGUGAAAUUUGAUGCUUGAAUACUGUUCUUGCAUGGCAUGUGCAUAUGUGAUUGGAAUUGGGUGUAUGGUUUGGUCUGAUUCUCUCAUGGAUAUCCAGAAGUUUUCCUCUGCUGGGAAGGACCUUUACCUCCUUGCAUGUUCAGAGCUAGGUCACAAUAAUUCAGUGUUGAUACUUUCAUGGAUGAGUACUGCUUUUUUUCCCUCUUUUCCUUUUACUUGCUAUGACUUAAUUUUUCUGUUUCAGCUAACACACAGGAUAACGCUCAUUUUCAGCCUCACAACUGUUUCUAGUAUCAUCUUCUUGGCUACCUUAGUGUAUAGUUUACACAAGUGGAAUGCUAACCAAAAAG